GGCCAAAUUGUCCUCGGUGGGGAGCAUCUCUGAGGAGGAGACGUGUGAGAAGCUCAAGGGCCUGAUCCAGAGGCAGGUGCAGAUGUGCAAGCGGAACUUGGAGGUGAUGGACUCGGUGCGCCGCGGUGCCCAGCUGGCCAUUGAGGAGUGCCAGUACCAGUUCCGGAACCGGCGCUGGAACUGCUCCACGCUUGACUCCCUGCCCGUCUUUGGCAAGGUGGUGACGCAAGGGACUCGGGAGGCGGCCUUCGUGUAUGCCAUCUCUUCAGCAGGUGUGGCCUUUGCAGUGACACGGGCAUGCAGCAGUGGGGAGCUGGAAAAAUGCGGCUGUGACCGAACAGUGCACGGGGUCAGCCCACAGGGCUUCCAGUGGUCAGGAUGCUCGGACAACAUUGCCUACGGUGUGGCCUUCUCACAGUCCUUUGUGGACGUGCGCGAGAGAAGCAAAGGGGCCUCGUCUAGCCGAGCCCUCAUGAACCUCCACAACAAUGAGGCCGGCAGGAAGGCCAUCCUAACACACAUGCGGGUAGAAUGCAAGUGCCAUGGCGUGUCAGGAUCCUGUGAGGUAAAGACGUGCUGGCGAGCCGUGCCACCCUUCCGCCAGGUGGGCCAUGCACUGAAGGAGAAGUUUGAUGGUGCUACUGAGGUGGAGCCACGCCGCGUGGGCUCCUCCAGGGCACUGGUGCCACGUAAUGCACAGUUUAAGCCGCAUACAGAUGAGGACCUGGUGUACCUGGAGCCUAGCCCAGACUUCUGUGAGCAGGACAUGCGCAGCGGUGUGCUGGGUACAAGAGGCCGCACAUGCAACAAGACAUCCAAGGCCAUUGACGGCUGUGAGCUGCUGUGCUGUGGCCGUGGGUUCCACACAGCACAAGUGGAGCUGGCUGAACGCUGCAGCUGCAAAUUCCACUGGUGCUGCUUCGUCAAGUGCCGUCAGUGCCAGCGGCUAGUAGAGUUGCACACGUGCCGGUGACUGCACCCAGUCUGUGCCCAACAACCACCCCAAGUGGCCCAGGAAAGGCCAAUAAUUUAAACAGCUCCCACCACCUACCCCAAGAGAUACUGGUUGUAUUUUUUGUUUUGGUUUGGUUUUUGGGUCCUCAUGUUAUUUAUUGCCAAAACCAGGCAGGCAACCCCAAGGGAACCACCUGGGGCCUCUCCAAUGCCUGAGCCUUUGUGGCUGCCACUGACCAAAGGGACUUUACUCAUGCCCUGGCUGUCCACAUGUGGCCACUGCUGACCAUUUUUCUACUUGCAGACUUAAGGUGGGUAACAAGGAGUAUUACAGCACGUGGCUAUGGAACCUGCCAUCUAGGGAAACAGGGAGCCCUAUGGCAGGGAAAACAGAUGCCAUCUUGAUGGAAGUCACAUCACCUGAAAAAUAAGAGCUCUCAACUUUCUACCCCACACUUACACAGGGCCCUCUGGAAACUUGAGCCUGGUAACCUUGUCUCUCAAACUCCCUGGAAAGGGAAUGGCAGACCAGAUCAAGGGCACAGUGUGCAUUUAGCCCUCACAUAGGCAGCUAGAUGUUCUACUUCUGUUGCACCUUCCAGGCAGGAAGUGCAGGUGAGGUAAGGGCUAGAGAUCCUGGCUUGGGCCUAGCAAGUUACACCUCCAUGUGAGUCAUCCCUUAUGAUGCUGUUCUCUGUGAAACAGAAUGGAAAUCUCACACACAGACAGGAAAAGGCUGUGCAAAGAGCCCCUGAUAUCUCACUCACUUAACAAAUUUAUUAAGUAAAUAUCGUGUCCUAUGUCCUGUACUGGGGCAUUUCCCUUGACGAUCACAGCAAUCUUGGGAGCAGUGUGGUGCACACCCUGUUCACAGCAUGAGGUCAUGCUCACCAGCCCCAUGAGCCUGCCUGGCAGAGGCAGAACCAGGCUCCUCCUGAUCCCUGUACCCAGACACAGAUGCUGCAGAUCUCCUUGGAUCCGAGUCUUGGGAAGGGAGUUCUGGCUAUUAGAAAAGGUUCAGGGAAGCAGCAGGAGCCAGAGACCACAGGCUGAGCUGGGUCCCACAUGCCUGUAGAGGGAGAAAAGGCUCUGAAGUGAACAGCUGAAAGGCAGAUUAGUGAAUUGUCCACACCUCCACUCCUAGGACCUACAGGUCCCUGAGGCCCCAGGUACUGUGAGUACUGCAAAAGAUUCCCCAAGAGACAGCACAGCAGCCGGGGGCCUGACCUUGUGCACCCACCAAACUAUCAGGAUCACAGCCCAGACUUUUGUGAACAGGAUAUACUCAGACCCAACUGCUUCUCAGUUGGGCUCCCAACCACCAGAGAACUUGCUGUCAGACCAAUGUCCAAGCUGCUCACACUUUGGGGUUCUAGCCUCUAGGUUUGAAGUCCUGAGCUCUGGGUUCCCCUUUGGGGCUCCAGGAUUCCAAACUCUUGGCUCCUGGGUUCAGUGUCUGAAUGUGAAGUCUCAGAUUCAGAAUAUGGCUUCAGGCCUAGAGAAACUCUCUUCCAAGCCUCGUGGUUUAUGCCUCUUGGUGUUGGCUCCCUCACGAAAAGGGUCAAUACCCUUAUCCCCCAGCCAAGCUCUAUGCUCAUUGUCCAUCCAAGGUGGAGGCCAAAACCAAGUGAGAUGCUGGAGCCACAUUUGAAAAUAGGGAUAAUCUUGGGCAGGCUGACUCUGAUGUGGAUGAAAGCUGAGCUGACCAAGGGUCCUCACAGCUGCCCAGUUGGGCCCACUGCUCCUCUGAUAGACUUAGUUCAACUGCCUGCUCAGCACCAUGGAAAAUACUAUCCCUUACUGGCAGAGCCAGACCCAACCAGAGUGAGCAGUGGGGCCAUCCCCCUUGUAGAGUCAGCACUGAGCUACCCUCCCCAUGCAGAGGAGCAGAGAAGUGAGAUGUGUGCCUGAUCGCAGGCCUCCCUCCCCUUUCCACUCUGCCAGGAAGUGCCUCAAAGCUGGUCCUCCUGGGGUUCUGAAGGCUGCGACCUAGGUGAAUCAGACCACAUUCUAGGAACCACUGCUGAGUCCUACUGCCACUGCUGCCAAGGCCAAAGAAAUUCACAAGCCACAGGAAAAGGAGCUUCCUUGCACAUGCCCAGCUUCAAACUAUCUCUAAAAAAAGGAGGACUUGACACAGGCCCGACAUAGCCCACACUCUUGGUCACACAGAGACCUGGAAACUGGCCACAAAGUCCACAUCCUGCAUGAACCACUCUCCACUAUUCUUGUCCCAAGGCAAAAGUGAUAUCCUCUGAGGCCUAGGGCUGGAUUACACCAGCUCUGGAUGCUGCUACUCCACUCCAUUGCCCCACCCCAUCCUCCAAUUUUUAUACAAGGCUCCUUGCCAUUGUGACAUCCCUGUGACAUAGUCUGAUGCACGAUAAAAUGAUUAUUUCUUUAUCUGGCAAUUGUGGCAAUGACUUUUUUUAGUGGAAUUGGGAGAUGAGAAUAGAGACUUGGGGAAGACAUGGAAAAAUCAAUUACUAUUUACUAAACACAUAUUUAAAAAACAUUUUUACUAAAGCCUAUUCUAAAGUAGAGACCCCCCCCCUUUGCCUUGUUUCUUCCAAAAAACUGGUUUGAGGCCCCCAGGACCACCUACCUGCUAUCUGAAAUUCCACCAUUGACACAUAGAGGUUCACUCUAUGUUUCACUGAGCCAUGACCAGCUAUUUCAACCUUGGCCAUAAUGAGAUACCAGAUCUUUCCUGAGUGUAGACCUGGGAGGAGGCUCUGGUGAAGUGGGUGUUGACACAGGAGGCUCCAGCAAUGCCCUGAGGCAAAGGAAUCAGGCCUACAGCUAAAGGUAAAUUCCAGGAAUAGGGUAGGCCAGAAUAAGGAGUCAGGGCAGAGACCAUCUUAAAGCUGAAGUAAAAACCUCAGCCAAGCUGGGCACCGGUGGCUCACGCCUGUAAUCCUAGCUACUCAGGAGGCAAAGAUCAGGAGAA